AUGAGGAGAAACCUUCGCCCUGCAAUCCCCAAAUCAGGAGAAACCUUCACCCCAAUCCCCAAAUCAGGAGAAACCAUCACCCUGUCCCCAAAGCCUGAGAAACCUUCACCCCAAUCCCCAAAUCAGGGCCACCCCUCCGCACCCCAACUCAGGCUGAGUAACCUUCACCCCCAUCCCCAAAUCAGGAGUAACCUUCACCCCCCAUCCCCAAAUCAGGAGAAACCUUCACCCUCCGUCCCCAAAUCAGGAGAAACCUUCACCCCAAUCCCCAAAUCAGGAGUAACCUUCACCCUCCGUCCCCAAAUCAGGAGUAACCUUCACCCUCCGUCCCCAAAUCAGGAGUAAC